CAGAGUGUGCAUUUUAAGAAGAAAAUCAAUCAUUUACAGCACCACAAUUUCUCCUACGGUCUUGGAUACUACAUUGGAUAACGGGACUACACUCAUGUCUGAGACGAAACACCAGCAGCUUAAGGUGCCCUACGAUGGAAAAGAGAGUAACGAUGGGGACGAGAAUCAAGUGCGAGGCAAUUGGUCAAAUCACAUGGAUUUCUUAUUGUCUGUCAUUGGAUAUUCAGUUGGCCUUGGCAACGUGUGGAGGUUUCCGUAUCUGUGCUACAGGAACGGUGGAGGUGCAUUCCUUGUGCCAUAUUUGUUGAUGUUAUUCAUCGCUGGGAUUCCCUUGUACAUUAUGGAGGUUGGGCACGGUCAGUUCAGCAGUAAAGGAUGCAUUGGUGCUUGGUCAAUUGCGCCCAUCUUCAGAGGUCUUGGUUAUUCCAUGUGCUGCAUUACUGUUCUGUGCUGUAUUUACUACAAUGUCAUCAUUGGUUACACAAUAUUCUACAUGUACUCUUCCUUUACAUCUGUUUUACCAUGGAAGACAUGUAAUAAUACGUGGAAUACAGAGAAUUGUAUGACAGCAAACUUCACAGCCGAAUCUACACGUCCAUCCUCGGAAUUCUGGAACAACCAAGUUUUGGCCAGGUCUGAAGGAAUGCAUGACAUGGGUCCAAUCAGAUGGCAGAAUCUACUGUGUUUAGUCAUCGCCUGGGUCAUUGUAUUCAUUUGUAUCUCAAAAGGGGUCAAGUCAUCGGGAAAGGUUGUUUACUUCACAGCCACCUUUCCGUACAUUGUUUUGCUUAUUCUCUUGGUACGAGGCUUGACUCUAGAGGGCUCGUUAGAAGGUGUAUUGUUCUACAUCAGACCAGACUUUUCAAGACUUGCUGAUGCUAACGUUUGGAAAGAUGGUGCUGUACAGGUUUUCUAUUCAUUGGGCCCUGCAUGGGGAGGUCUUCACACCAUGGCAAGCUAUAACCGCUUCCACAAUAAUUACUACAGGGAUUCGUUAAUACUGGCAUUCAUAAACUGCGGCACCAGUAUCCUGGCUGGAUUUGUCAUCUUCUCUGUGGUGGGAUUUAUGGCAAAUGAUAUGCAGCUCCCCAUUCACAACGUCACUGAUACUGGCCCUGGGCUUGCGUUUGUGGCUUACCCAGAAGCCUUAGCUCGGAUGCCCAUUGCUCCGCUAUGGUCCGUCUUGUUCUUCUUCAUGCUCUUCACCCUGGGUCUGGACAGUCAGUUUGUGAUGAUGGAGACGGUAAUCACAGCCAUAUGUGAUGAGCUGCAAACAUUCUUCCCUCGUAUCUUCAAAUAUAAGAUAUGGAUCACCCUGGUAACGUGCAUCACCUGCUUCCUGCUGGCCCUACCCAUGGUGACAAACGGUGGUAUCUAUUUGUUCUCAUUGAUGGAGUCAUACUCGGCAGGAUUUUCUAUUUUAAUCAUCGGUUUUGUGGAAGCUAUCGUUAUUGGCUACUUAUACGGAGCAAAUCGGUUUAUGGCCGACAUGAAAGUUAUGCUUGGAUUCAAGCUCAGCAUUUACUGGAAAGUCUGUUGGAAGUUCCUAUCGCCAGCAAUUAUUGCGUUCAUAUUUCUGUUUUGGGCAGCGACAUACGAGUCUCUGACAUACUAUGAGUAUACAUACCCAAACUGGGCCGAGGCGUUAGGAUGGCUGAUGAUCUUAGCUGGGGUAGUCCCCAUACCAAUCUAUGCUGUUUAUUAUGUCAUUCGGUAUGGCAAAGGAACGUGGAGAGAGAGAUUUCAAAAUGGGUUAAAGCCAGAAUUCGACUGGGGUCCAGCACUUCAGAAACAUCGUCUAGAAGCGGGUUACCCCCUCCUCCCCGAUAACGAGGUAGACGAAGAAGAUCUUAGUAGCAUAAGCGUACCGACCAAAAAGAUGAAUGGUGAGAGUUACGAGAUGAUAAACGUAGACGGAAUAACGAGGGCCGAUGAAGCUGAGCCUGUAUGAUCAUGUGUUUGUUUUUUGAAUUUGUCAUUGAUUUAAAAUACUACACUGACAGUGACACAUGGCCAAAGACUGGACUAUAGUUUAUAGGGCUUUAAAGCCAUUAUACACUUUCGGUAAACAGUAUUGUCCAAGUCCCACACUUCGUGUAUCACAAC